AUGCCUGCCAGAGCAGCCCCGCGCUGCGUACGCCGCUUGAGAGAGCAGGCUGUCACACGCCCACUCGUAACCUCGACGUCGCACCCACCACCGUCUCAGACCACGGCGAGCAUCACGUCGACGCUCCCAUGCCUGCGACAGGAGGAGAGGCGCGCCGUGCACGCUGCAUCCGCGAAACGCUCGGAGAAGUCCAAAAGCGUCGAGUCGAUGCAGCCUCCGCCGCGCAGAGAAUCCGUGACGGGUUCGUCGAGUACCACCACCACCCGGCGCCCGGCCCUCAAGGGACGCGCCUACUCGACCCCGAUCGCCCCCAAGCUCAACGACAAGGGCGUGGUCGACGACAAUGCUUCGCUGUACUCCCAGGACGGCGAGGAGAUAGCCGACGACGCCUUCUUCCAUCCCGUCGAGAGCACCAAGGAAGAGGCCUCUGAGAGCGAGGUCGAUUCUUCUUCAGACACCGAGGGCCCGCUGUCGCCCACGCACAUCCACAACCGCCAGCCGUCGGCUCAGGCAGCCUCCGAGGCGUCUUCAGGUCGUCUCUCUAGAGCCGGACUCAGCGCUGACAUGAAUGUACAGGAGAGCAACAACGACGCGGCUCCAACCAUGCUGGACAUGAACAUCGCCGUUAUUGGCGCGCCCGGCACUGGCAAGACCACCUUCAUGCAAAAAGCCCUGGGCUUGGCCGACACAACACCACCGACCCAAUGCCACAGGAAAUGGACCAUCGACAACAUCCCCUACGUGGUGCGCUUCGUGGAGCUCAAGAUCGACGACAUUCACGUCAAGCCGGGCAACGUCAUUGAGUGGCCCAAGGCUGCCGACGACGCAGCACCACCACGCAUCGACGGCGCAAUCACCAUGUACGACGUGACAGUCAAGGAGAGUUUGGCCGGCGUGCCAGAAUUGAUGAGCAUACUGGCCAAGGCACACAUCCCCUUCGUUCUUGUCGCCUGCAAAUGCGACCAGCACCCCGCGCAUCGCGAAGUUGACCCCUCCGUGGUCGAACAAAAAGCAAAGACAUUUCUCGGGGACGUGCGUGUCUUUCAGAGCUCUGCGUCCUCUGCCGACACACAGCGAGAAUGUCUGACAUUCGUGACAAGGACCGUCAUUGCGGCAAAACGACCUGUUCGCUCCAUUCACAAAGACAUGUGGCGAAAACACGAACGCGCCAGCUCUGAGAUUUCGGUGCGGUACCGACCAGCAUCGACUGAAGGAAAAGGACAUCGCUAUAAGCCAAGUGACGCAAACAAGACAUUCUUCAACGCCGAUGAAUCGCCUGGAUACGACUCGCAAGAAUCCGAUGACCAAGAUUCUGAUACCGCACAGAGCAUCAUGUCCGUGAAGCCAUCCGACGAGACGGGAUACACUUUCGAUCAGCUGGUGGACCGAUUACUGGCCCAGCCAAUGUCGAAGAACGAUUCGAAAUUUGUCGCCAUAUUCCUAGCUCUCUACCGGAAGUUUGCGACCCCGGGACAGCUGCUGGAUGCAAUUCUGAAGCGAUUCGAUGCCCUUAGCAAGGACAAGAGUCUGCCUAUUAUGCGCGUUGUUGCACAUUUGCGUUAUCUUGCUGUUCUGGAGGAAUGGGUCUCCCACUAUCCUGGCGAUUUUGCAUAUCCCACGACACGCAGACUGAUUCGAAAGUUUGCAUCCGCUCUGGCGUCUAGUCGCGAGUAUGCGGUGGCGGCGAACGAGAUUAUCCACGACCUCGAGUGGGUCAUCCAGGAUGACGAUACAGAGUGGGCGUGCAACGAUCGACUGCGCGCGCAGAAUGACCAGAUACCAGUCUUCCACCACAGUGUGCUCGACGAGGAUUCCGACGAAGGAGAUUUCACCAAGUCGUUUGGCGAUCUGACGUUCUCCGGCGAUCGCACGUCUAUUGCUCGCGACAGUGUCCUAACUACCAGAACGAAGAAUACCAACUCCACCAUCGGGUCUCUAGGAUCAUCACAAGCACUUCUCACGCAAGUGGAGAAGAACGAACGACUGGCUCAGCAGCUGGAGCCGAACCCGAUCAAACCAUUAUCGAAGAUCCAAUGGCAUCAGCUUAUGAGCGAAUCGGAUGAAGCGAUUGCCAAGGAGCUGACCAGAAUCGACUGGAUCAUGUUCUCUUCCGUCCGUCCUCGAGAUCUGGUGCGACACGUCAGCCUGAACGCGGAGGAGAGAAAGAGGUGCAGAAAUCUGGAGAACGUGACACGCAUGACUGAGCACUUCAACCAUGUCUUUUACUUGGUCCAGAACUACAUUCUUCUCCGCGACAAACCGAAGCAUAGAGCUCUGAUGCUUGAGAAGUGGAUGAAGAUCGCCAGACAACUCCGCAAGUUGAACAAUUACAACUCCCUGACUGCGAUCAUUUCAGGAAUCAAGAGUGCCCCGGUCCAUCGCUUGUUGGCUACGCGAGAUCUGGUGCCGCAAGCAACGACGCAUGAUUUUCUGAAACUCGACAUUCUCAUGGGCUCUCAAAAGUCGCACUUUGCAUACCGCCUGGCGUGGGAUAACAGCUCAGGAGAACGCAUUCCUUAUAUUCCCCUCCAUCGCCGCGAUCUCGUGUCCGCAUCCGAAGGCAAUUCUACCAUCGUUGGAGACAAGAAGAAGACUGACUCAGCGUUGGCGCCACAUCCUGGUGUCAACGUGUUCGCUGCUGUACUAGGAAGAGACAGCAAAGAAGCCCCACCAGGUGGCGUUGUUGGCAAAGAAAGAAUCAACUGGAAGAAGUUCGAGAUCAUGGGAGAUGUGAUUGUUAGCGUACAACGCGCUCAGGGCACGCCAUACCCAAGCUGGCCAAAGUGCGAAGAAAUCCGGAACCUAGUCCUGGACGUCAAGAUUGCCAAGGACGAAGAUCCACUGUACGAGCGCAGCACGCAUCUUGGAAGCACCAGGUGCUGGGCGAGAAAGGAAGAUUCGCCAAAUGGAUUCCGAGAGCGUUAG